CUUUUGCCGCAAUUUAAAUUGUUUUUCAAACAUUUUUUGCUAAAACAUAAAUUAAUUAAGUAUUUACGCGUUGAUUUAAUACAAUAAAGAGUGGAAAUCAAUUAUAAAAACGUAUCAAUUCAGAAGAACUUGAAAUCAGUGAGAUGUCUCGAGCAGAAAAGGAAGCUGUUGUUAUUUGCCUGGAUGUCAGCAAGAAUGCAUCUGAAAUGUCUGAAAAGACUGGAAAGACAUUUUUACAGCGUUCACUGGAUUGUGUCAAGAAGAUUAUAACGAGAAAAAUCUUUGCAAAACCAAACGAUGAAAUUGGAGUGAUAUUAUUUGGAACCGAUGACACUAAGAAUGACUUGAACGACAAAGGUUUUGGAUAUGAUAAUAUCGUCGAAAUGGAUAAAUUAAAAAUGCCUUCUUGGGCUAUGCUUGAUGAAAUUAACAAAAUUAAGUCUGGAAAUGCAUCAGUUGGAUGGAGUGAUGGUCUUCUUGUUGCUAUGAAUUAUAUGAGCACUGAAACUGAAGCUAAGAAGUUCUCACAUUUGCGGAUUAUAUUAUUCAGUAAUUUCAUGACAGCAACAAAUGAUAAGGAUCUAGACGUGAUUACAAGUAACAUCGGUAAUUUGGAAAUAGAAUUAAUCGGAGUAUCAGACACAGUUUGUCAUGAAACUGAAGCAGCAAGCUGGCAAUUUAGCCAGAAUCCAGAGAAGAAAGACAGUCAGAGAGAGAGCGAACACAUUUUUGAGAAAAUGAUUGAAAACAUAGAAGGAGCUAAUUUAUGUCAUAUUGAUUAUGUUGAGAAGGAACUGGUUUAUUUUCAAAAGAAGUCAACUCGUGGAAGUCCUUGGAAUGUUGGACUUAAAGUUGGAAACGAACUGUCAAUUAAUGUCAGUGCAUACGUUUAUGUUCAAAAGUCGUCAUUAGUGUCCUUCAAGACUGAAUGCUCUGAUUUUAAUACAGUAACAAAAAUGGUCACAGACUAUACAAAGAAUAAUGAAAGGAUUGAAAAGCCUAGUGAAGAAGAUAUUGUUAAGGCUUUUUAUUAUGGAUCAAAAUUAAAUGUUUGUGAUGAUUCUGGAAUUGCUUAUGAUAGUGGUGAUAAGUGCUUGCUUACACUUGCUUUCUGUAAGCGCAAAAAAUGUGGUUCAAAUUUAUUUGCUGGAACUGGCUGUCACAUUAUUGUGCCACAACGAGACAAUCCAAAAAGUGCAUCAUUAUUUUCUGCUCUCGUUAGAAAUUUGAUACAAAAGGAUUACUUCAUUCUAGCUCGAAAAGUUUACAGAAAAGGAUGUAAGCCACAAGUUGUUGGAUUAUUUCCUCAAAAAAAGGAAGAUGGUUUUUGCUUAGUGAUGAUUGAAAUGCCUUUUGAAGACAAUAUUCAGCGCUGUCGAUUUGAAAAACUUGAAUUAAAGAAAUCCACAAAACCAAGUAAUGAACAGAUGAAAGCUAUGGAGAAACUUGUUAAGGCUAUGGAUUUAACUAAAGCUAUUGAUGAUGAAUCUGGAAUUACUGAAGCUUUUACAGCUGAGACUUCGUUGAAUCCAUUCCAACAGCAUAUUUGUCGUACUAUUUCCAAACGUGCUUUAAAUCCAACAGCUCCAUUACCAACAUUUGAUGAUGAAUUGAAGAAAAUGAUUGAUGUUCCGGAGAAAAUUAAAAAUGAGUCUGCAGACAUAAUAAAGGAAAUUGAAGAUCUGUUUCCCCUUGAAAUUAUUCAUCGUAAAGAAAAGAAAGUAUUUGGACAGAAGAGUAUUGAUAACGCUUCUACUGAUAUGCACGAUGAAGACAUGCUCGAUAUUACACAAGCUGAAUCAAAUGAACGAUUAAUUGUUGCUGUUGGAACCGUCAGUCCAGCUGAAGACUUUUUGUACUUGAUUAAUAGGAAAACUGAACGAUUUGGAACUUUGUGUGAUCAAAUUCAGAGUGUCAUCCACGAAUUGUUAUUCAAAUCAACUGUUGAUCUUGGGGAUAAGAUUAAGGAAGCGAUUGUAGCUUACAGAGAUGUGGCUAAAAUUCACGCACCAUUUAAUUACAACACAUGGAUUAAAGAACUGAAGAAAUUAAUGAUCAGACGUAAUAAGAUUGAUGAAUGGUAUAAAUAUAUAGUCACAGAAGGAGUAGGUCUUAUUACAAUCAACGAAUCACCAGUUUCGACAGUCACAAUGGAAGAGAAUCUUGAGUUUUAUGAGAUAAUAUCAAAGGAAACAUCAAAUGUCACUUCCAGCAUAAAUCCUGAAGAUGAUGAACUUGAAAAUUUGUUAUAAACACUGUAUUCUUUACUGUAUUUUAUUUACUACAUGCUACACAAAAUAAACUUUAUUAAACAA